AUGAUGCCAUGGAGUUAUGGAACCACGACAAUACCAAGAAGUGCUGGGAUCGGAGAUGGAGGGGUUGGGAAGGAACAAGAGUGGAAGGAACAAGAGUGGAAGGAACAAGAGUGGAAGGAACAAGAGUGGAAGGAACAAGAGUGGAAGGAACAAGAGUGGAAGGAACAAGAGUGGAAGGAACAAGAGUGGAAGGAACAAGAGUGGAAGGAACAAGAGUGGAAGGAACAAGAGUGGAAGGAACAAGAGUGGAAGGAACAAGAGUGGAAGGAACAAGAGUGGAAGGAACAAGAGUGGAAGGAACAAGAGUGGAAGGAACAAGAGUGGAAGGAACAAGAGUGGAAGGAACAAGAGUGGAAGGAACAAGAGUGGAAGGAACAAGAGUGGAAGGAACAAGAGUGGAAGGAACAAGAGUGGAAGGAACAAGAGUGGAAGGAACAAGAGUGGAAGGAACAAGAGUGGAAAGGCACUUACUUGCCAAUCAAAAUGGUCGAGUCGACGUGA